AUGGAUCAAUAUCUUAAUAAGAUAGCCAUUGGUAAUGCACCUUGGCCUAUUGGUGUUACUAUGGUUGGUAUUCAUGAACGAUCAGCGCGUGAGAAGAUUCAUACAAAUAGUGUUGCCCAUGUCAUGAAUGAUGAGACAACAAGGAAGCUUCUGUAUUCAGUUAAAAGACUGGUGACGUUCUGCCAACGACGCUACCCAACAAUGCCAUCCAAAUGUGUGGAGUUCAAUAGCCUUGCGAAUGGCAGUGACUUACACUCUCUUCGUGCACAAGAGUCAACUCCUCAAACCUCAGAAGAAAGGCUUACGAUAAUGCUUAUGCCUGCAGAAGGGGCGUUUCUAGUUUAA